UUACUUCCGUGGAUUAUUCUUUGGACCUUUAAUUUUCGUUCUGGCUCACCGUUAGUCUCUACUAACACCCGGCGUUUGUUGUGGCUGAAAUUUUUUUUUUGAGCUUUCUGUCUAUCUGUAGGAUCUGAGUACACAUACAUUUGGAUGGGGUUUCCCUUGCGUGCGUUAUUAGCACAGAGCGGAAGUUCGCCUUUCGGGCUUCUUGGUUAGCUGACGUUAACGUUAGUAAACGUAAGGUUAGCUAACUUCGCUAACGCGUGCUAUCGUAAGGUGAUGAAGAAAAGUAGCAUUAACUGUUCAGUUUACAAAUGUACCCCCGUAGACUGUCGUUGACACAGUCGUUUCUUUAUAGCUGUCUGGCUAAGUAAAGUUUGAAAAACGCUUGAAAGCUAAACAGUCAUUUCAGCACUGCUGGUUGAAUCUUGUUUGAGUCGCUUCAAACGGCCAGCUGAUAUCACCUGCGAAAAUGAUGGACUUCGAUAACAUAUUGAACAUCGCCUCGCAAAACCAGGGCCUCAACAGUGUACAGAAGAGAUACAGUUUACAAGCUGGACCCCCCAAAAAGGAUCCAAAGUCAAAGGGUGUCAAUCCUGCUGCUGUCCAGGCACUUAUAAAGAAGCAAGUCACUGAAUCCAAAAAGAAAGAAAUGCAAAUGAAGAAACAGAAGGACGAGCUAUUAGCCAAGCGGGUUGAGUUAAAGUCAGACCGUAAAGCACGAGCCAUGGCCUCCCGAACUAAGGACAAUUUCAAAGGCUACAAUGGCAUCCCAAUGGUAGAGGCUCCCAAGAAGAGGAGAUCAAAACUAGAUAUGCAGCAAGAUUCUUUAAAUGGGGAGAGUUUCAGGAUUAACACAAUUGACCCGGAGGACGAUGAGGAUAAUUAUGAGUAUGAACAGACAGAUUCAGAGCCUGAGGAGGAGCCAGAGCCACUGAGACCUGGGAGAAUAACAGGCUUUAGUGGCAGUAGUAGUAGCAGUGGCAGCAAAACCUCUUCUAAAAAAAACAAUGGGCCACCCAAGCCCCCUCCACCUACCAUGAACUUUGCCGACUUACUAAGAUUGGCAGAGAAGAAACAGUUUGAGCCAGUUGAGCUAAAGCCCAAGGUAGUGAAAAAGGAAGAAAGGUUGCGCACAGCUGACGAGAUAAAGGAACUGGAGAUGGAGCGAAGGGCUAAGAAGCAAGACAAAGACAAAAACUCAAAGGCAGACAGAGGAAGAGACGGCAAGUCUCAGUCUAAUUAUAGUACAGUUCAAAAAAACACUUCAGAGAAGGAGCAGAAAAAUAGCAGGCCGCAAAAGAUGUCCUUAGAAAAGCAAAGUGUGUCCAGUGGGUCAAUGAAGAAAUCUCAACCAACAGUGAUUAGUGAUACAGGCUUCUCCUCCAAAACUUCUCUUAGUGACAGAGAAAGAGUGAGAACCAAGAUGUCUUGCAGUGAUAAAGACAGAUCCAAGACAAGCUUGUCUAGUUCAUCGGUUGUCAUAAACAGUAAAAUACCUUCAAAAGCCAUGUCAUCUCAGGUUUUAGCCAAACAAGGGGCCCAAAAGCCCUCAUCUAGCCACAAAGCCAACACCUCAAGUGACCUUAGCUUUAGAAAAGAAAGCUCUUCAUUACUUCAAGGAAAAGCUUCAGGUAUUCCUGGGACCAGGCCUUCUGGCACAGGUGGCACAGGCCAGAAGUCCAAACAUUUGAGUUCCCAACAAAUUAAGCCCAGUCAGGGUAGCUCCUCGAAGCAGGGACCUACAAAUGGUGGCCCUAAGUUUGCAAAGGGAGAACCACCACGGUCUGGAAUAAAUUCUGCAACAAAAUCAAGUGGCAGUUCAGUGAUGAGACCUCCUUUGGGUGGCCCUCCUAAGGCAGGGAGCCAGCCUCAGUCAAGGUCUGGAGGAACACCUGGUCAGGCCAGGCCUGGUGGGCGUAGUUUACAAGGCCAUCCUGGAAGUACUGUAUCCCGACCUCAAGGAAGUGGACCGGGUCGGCCUGGCAGUGGAGGACUUGUACCAGGACGGGUGGCUAGCAGCACUGGAUCAGGACCUGGAAGACCAAAGUGCACUGUAGUGUCAGAGACCAUCUCAUCUAAGAAUGUUGGUGGACCCAGGCCAGGCAUACCCCCUCGUCCAGGAAUGCCGCAGAGACCGGGGAUGCCAGUUCGACCGGGGAUGCCAGUUCGACCGGGGAUGCCGCCCCGACCGGGGAUGCCGCCCCGACCAGGGAUGCCAGUUCGACCUAUGAUGAACAGACCACCAGGACCAAUGCUGCCACCUAUCACAUCUGCGUACAAGAGGAAAUAUGAGGAUGAGGAAGAUGAGUAUGACUCAGAAAUGGAUGAUUUUAUUGACGAUGGAGGUGAGGAGCAGGAGGAAAUUUCCAAGCACAUAAAGGAAAUCUUUGGCUACGAUCGAGCCAGAUACAAAAACGAGAGUGACUAUGCACUAAAAUUCAUGGAGAGCAGCUGGAAAGAUGUGCAGAAAGAAGAGGCCAGGAGUCUGAGAAUGGCUGUGCAGGAGGAUCUGGAGGAGGAGAGAAGAGAGGAAGAGGAGCUGAAAAGGAAAACUGAAAAGAGGAAAAAAAUAAACUGAAGCCUUAUUGCUGUUGAGAUGAAUAAAAUAAGAAUUCAUCAUUUUGCUGAAAGAUGUAACAAGUCAACACACGAAACCCAGUGACUGUUCACUUUGGUUGCUUUCUCACUGCUUCUCUCCCUGAGAUUGGACAAAAAACUAGCAUUAUCUCAAGAGAAAGAGAGAAGAGGAAUUUUUAGUAAAGGACAACCUGAAAAAGACAAUAUGCACAAAUCAUUCAGGCAUUUUGAUUUAAAGUUCUCACAUUCUCCUUAUUUAUUUCUCCCGCCAAGUGCAGGGAUACCAACAGUCCCAGUCUAACAACUUAAAUUAUAGAAGUGUGAAUUUCUUUUUCUUUUAAAAAAAAACGCUAACAAUAUUAAGUGUUCUACAGAUAUUGUGCUAUUUUUGAGGCGAGUUUGUUGCAUAUUUUUCCAGACUAACUUUUAUUGUAAACUCAGUAAAAUGAAGAAGACAUUA